AUGAUCGCCAUUAUAAUAUUCCUUUGCUUUAUUCCCAUCAUUUUCGCCCUAACUACUAUCAAUUAUUGCUCGCCAUCGUUAUGUGAACGCGGUGUUAAACAUAUUGGUUGUAAUCAUGAUGGCAAAUUCGCACCUACUUGUCCGGCAAAUCAUUCCAUAAUUAAUAUCGAUGAUAAAAUGAAAGAAAUAAUCCUUGACUUGCAUAACGAAAAACGUAAUUAUAUAGCUGGUGGAAGUGAUCGCAUACAUACGCCAGCUUGUCGCAUGGCCACCAUGCAAUGGGACAACGAAUUGGCUUACUUGGCCGAGCUAAAUGUCAAGCAAUGUAAAAUGGCCCACGACAAAUGCCAUAACACCAAGGCGUUUAGAUAUUCGGGUCAAAAUUUAGCUUUACUAAAUUACGUGAAUAUCGACGACAGUGAACGUAUGUUUUCCAUGGCUGUGAGCAAGUGGUUUAGUGAAAGUGAAAACACUCCUAUGGAUUAUAUAAGAGCGUAUCCUGCCCAUCUUAAAGAUCGAACAAUUGCUCAUUUCACGGUUUUAGCGAUUGAUCGUAAUAAUCGGGUGGGUUGUGCCGCUUCGACCUAUUCAAUUCCAGAAAAAUUUUAUCGAGCCUAUUUGAUUGCCUGCAAUUACGCACGUAACAAUGUGAAUGGCCAUCAAGUUUAUAAUAUUUGUAAUGCGGCCGGUAUCAAAUGUGUUACCGGGAAAAAUCCGUCGUAUCUCAAUUUGUGCCAUAGCGCCGAACCUUAUUUUAUAAAUAAAUGGAUCUAA